AAGGCUGCUCGUGGCAUCAGUAAGGGUCCACUUGAGUUGAGAGCCCACUAUCGGGGAGACAAAAACCUGCGGAGUGCGUUGGAGGCACCAUGGCGUAUGCGAUGUGACGUGGCGGAAAGAACUGGCGCGACAGAGGAACGGGGAGAGAGGACGCAUUGUAAAUGGGAAUGGGAGGAAUGGGAGAUCGCUGGUGUUUCGUCCGGUUUGCCUGCGAAUUCGCCUUUUCCAACGGGGCCGGCAUUUGACUCAAAUAGCGGGCGGGGCUCCCGGCGCAGACACCGCGAGAUUUGGUCGGAUUUUCGGCACAGAAGAAGUAGGCUUCCGUCAAGAGCGGAGACGCGGACCAAACUGCAGCGGUCAAGCGCGAAUCGCAGCGCGCGUAUUGCCUGGAGCGCAGAUUCGAGAUCGCAGCGCCCGGAGAUCGCGCAGGCGCGGACGAUCGUGCGAGACGCAGCAAGUCCGGCGAGGCUCGCGAGGCAGCAUCUCACGGCAUGGAGUCAGUUCUUAUGUUUGGGAUGCGAUCGCCACACCUCACGUCCCUCGCUCCCGGCGCAACGGCAACCGCAGCAGCUGCUGCUGCUGCUGCUGCUGCUGCCACGUGGCAUGGCGCUGCCGCGGGGUGCGGUAUUGCUGGGUGCAUGAUUGGCGUAGGGCGGCAUCUCUGUAGCGCUCACAGUAACGCCGCUGACAGUAACAGUAACGGUCACAGUAUCAGCUACAGUGGAAUUUACAGUAACGGCCAUGGUCAUACUCAGUGUGAGCCGCUUUCCGUCAGUAUGGCACGGCGCGGUGACGGCGCAUGGCGAGGGCGCGGAGGCACGCUGAGCCACGGAGCGGGCGCCGGGGGUACCGUUGCGGGAGGGGCUGUUGCGCGCGCGCAAAGGAGACGGCGCACGUCACUGAAUGGCCGUAUCAUGGGCGAUUCCCUGCUCUUCUGCCCCCGCCUCCUCUGCCGCAGUGCGCACUCCGCUCCACCCUCCUCCUCCCUUCCCAACCCCUCCCCAGACUCACACCCCUCACCUCCUCCCCAUUCCCGUCGCCUUCCUCCCUCCCACGCCCACGCCGGUUCCUCCGACCCCCUCCUCCCUGAUUCGUCCGACGCCCAUCAUCCUCAAGCGCCUUCUGCCGCAUCUUCCAACGGAUCUUCCGCCAAUCCUCCCCCCGGAUCUUCCCUCUCCCUCCCCGCCCCUCUCCUCCCCCUCUCCCUCACCGCGUGGCUCCUCCUCCUCGCCCUCUCCUCCUGGCUCCUCCCCCUCCUCCCCCUCUUCUUCCCCCAUCUCUCCCCCGCACCCCCCCUUCCCCCUGCUCCCUCUCUCCCUGCCUUCCCCCCCGCUCUCCCUUCCUCCCCCCCAUUCCCCCUCUUCCCUUAUCUCGUGGGCUUAGUCGACGACACAGAGCCACUCUUUGCCGAGGCAGCCAGGCAGAUGGUGCUUACUGGCGACUGGGUCACUCCGCAGUUCAACGCACACCCAAGGUUCGAUAAGCCGCCGCUUUCCUACUGGCUCAUGGGGGUCGCGCUCAAGGCCGUGGGUGGUGGUGGGUUGAUGGGAGCAGGAGCAGCAGGAGCAGCAGGAGCAGGGGCAGCAGCAGGAGCAGCAGGAGCAGCUGCAGCAGCAGCAGGGGUUGCAGCGCUGCGCCUGCCGUCUGCUCUCUGCCUCUCGUUCACUCUCGUCCUCCUCUCCCUCACCGCCCUCCGCUUCGGCCUUCCCCAACCCCAGCAGCAGCAGCAGCAGCAGCAGCAGCAGCAGCAGCAGCAGCAGCAGCAGCAGCAGCGGCAGCAAGAGUCAGCUGCACAAUCCAUCGUAGACCAAUGUGUCGAAACAACAUCCCCUAGCGCCCUUCCUUCUCCCCCUCCCCCACCAACCCUCCCCCACGCCCUCCACUGGCCAGCAGCGUUCACUGUUGCACCCAUAUUCGCCCUCUCUCUCGGCCCCUUCCUCUGGGGCUCAGUCGCCGUCUCCGACGCCCCUUUCCUCGCCACCACUGCCACUGCCAUCCUCUCCUUCUUCUGGGCCUAUGCCUCCCACCGCUCCUCCCUCUACCUCCUCUCCGCUCUCUCCCUCUCCGCUGCAUGCCUUACCAAAGGCCCGCUGGGGAUCCUCCUCCCGUGCCUCGUCCUCUCCCUCUUUCUCACUCUCUCCGGGACCUUCUCCCUCCGCUCCCCUCUCGCAUUCCUCUCGUCUGUACGCUCUUUCUUUUUCCAAGAGCUCCCCUUCCUCCCAUGCAUCCUCACCGCUCUCCUCACAGUUCUCCCCUGGUUCGUAGCCAUGGGUAAGCGCCAUGGCAGCAUGUAUAUGAGCACGUUCUUUGGGUACCAUCACUGGGAGCGAUUCGCAAAGGGCGUGAACCACCAUGGGAACAGGCCGGUCCUGUACCCGUUACUAGCCUGCCUGCUGCUGUAUUUCCCCUGGUCGCUGCUCGUCCCGCCUGCGUUCCUGCACACAGCCACUGCUGCUGCUGGUGUUGUCAUGGAUCGAUAUAGGUGGAGGGGGGGGAGGGAUGAGAGGGAGGAAGGAAAGGGAGGGCGGGGAGACCAAGGGGGUUGGGAAGAAGGCGAGGAGAAGAGAUGGGAAAACGGGGAGCGUGAGGAGAGAGGGCAAUCACAGACAGGUGGGAAGGAGAGGGGGGGGGAUCUGGUGCUGCUGGGUCUAGUGUGGGUGGUGUCUGGCUUUGGCUUGCUUGCUCUCUCCCGCUCCCAGCUCCCAUCCUACUACCUUCCCAUCGCGCCAGGUGUCGCUAUCGUACUGGCUGCAGGCCUCCUCAAACCGCCGUCUUCCCAGCCCCCAUCAACACCACACAGCCCACACCCAUCCACAAACCCACAGCCUGCACAACCAUCCCAUCCCUUCCAAACCCCCUCGAUCCUCCCCUCGUUCCCUCCUCUACCCCCAUCUGGUACGCCUCUCUCCGCCCUCCUCUCUGCAUCAGUCUUCGUCCUCCUCUCUCUCGCCUUUGCACUCCUGCCCUCGCUGCUCCAGCAGCUGUCUCUAGGAGACCCCAAGGCUGCGGCCAUAGCAGGUCUGAUGGCCCAACACAAACUGCACUGGCGCGCCUCUGCUCUCUUCGCUGCUGCUUCUGCUUCCUGCGCUGCCAUCUCUGCUCUUGCUGCUGCUCGUAAUCCUCUAUCCUCUCCCUCCUCUCCCUCCUCUCCCUCCUCUCCCUCCUCUCCCUCGUCUCCCUCGUCUCCCUCCUCUCCCUCCUCUCCCUCCUCUCCCUCCUCCCCCUCGGCAACGUCACCGUCGUCUCCCACCGCAUCUCCCCUCUCCUCGCCCCAUCAGCUACCCCACUUUAUCCGCCUCUCUCCUGUGUCCCCCCUGCUCAUCGUCCACUCGUCCCUCGUCCUCCUCCUCCUCCCGCUCUUCCUCCGCCCCUCUCUCCUCAUUGCAGACUCCAUCCUCCAACGCCCCUCUAGAGAGCUUGCCCUCACUGCUGCCUCUCUGCUGCCCCCCAUACAGUCACACUCGGAAAGAUCAAGUGUCAGUAGUAGACUGGAGGGACAGAGAGGUGCUGGAGUAGAGGCAGGUCGCGAAGCGCCCGUAGGGUCACACGCAUUGGGACCUGGAGGAAUUGUGGAUGCACCAGCACCAGCAGCAGCACCAGCCACAGAGCCGAUGGUGAUGGUGGGUGCGCGCAUGCCCAGUGUGGUGUUCUACGCUCAGCGCCCCGUGGCUUUCAUAGAGUUGCCGGAGCAAGCACGCAGCGUGUUGGAAGGGCUUGCAGCGAGAAUGAGAGCGCAGGGGGAAAGGACGGGAGAGAGGGGGUUGGAGAGGGGAACGGAUAGGGCAAUGGAGGGGGGAAUGGAGGGGGGGAUGGAGGGGGGGAUGGAGGGGGGGAUGGAGGGGGGGAUGGAGGGGGGGGUGGAGGGGGGGAUGGAGACUGUGUUGGUGUUGGCAGAAGAGGCGUACGUGGGGGCAUUGUUCGCCUUGCCCUCGUACCGCGCUUCUAUUGUUGCACAGCAACCUGGUUAUGCUUUGCUUCGCCUUCGCAUUCGCAAAUGAAGUGGUGCUUUCCGUGCCAUCCUGCUCUAGAGGCAGAUACAGUUCUGGAUAUUAGGAUUCCUGAUUCAGGAAAAAAACAGGGUGUUGAGGGGUACCGGCCCUGAUUUGCUAGGGUUUUGGUUUUGGCAUUUCCUGAUAUUUCAGGGUUUUUUUUUGUCAGCAGCACAGUUUUUUUUUGUAAGGGAUCCUGAAAUUUCAGACUUGUAU